GCAUCAGCUUUAGGUACAAAAGUUAUUGAUGAGGAUGGCCUGUUUGAUCUAAUUCGAACUAUGCCAGGCAAGAAAUCCAAAUACGAGCUGGUGGCUGAAACAGAGGCAAAGAGAGCAGAGUCAAGACCUAAAAGGACACCACAGAAAACCGAAGCUGGAAAAAGGAAUCUUAGCCCCUUCAAGAGGGAAGCUGAUAAUAAAAAGUUUAAGUCUACUCCUGAAAAAGGAGAUGCUGUUAAAUCUGUCAAGAAAGAAACCACUGCUGUUCGAAAGCUCAUGGACUUUAAACGUCAGACUGUAGAGGAGAAAGAAGCUCCAAAACCCAUGGGGAACUUUGUUUCUGAGGUUAAUGAAGAUGGGGCAGAAAGACUGCUCUGGGUAGAUAAAUACAAGCCUGUAUCUCUUAAGGCAAUUAUUGGACAGCAAGGUGAGCAAAGCUGUGCCAAUAAACUGCUCCGAUGGCUCAGAAACUGGCACAGGAAUACCUCGGAAGAUGGACAAGCAAAGACCAGUAAAGCUGGAAGCAAAGAUGAUGGGACUAGUUUCAAAGCAGCAUUACUUUCUGGUCCACCUGGAGUUGGUAAAACUACUACAGCUGCUCUGGUUUGUAAGGAACUGGGCUAUAGCUAUGUGGAGCUGAACGCCAGCGACACUCGCAGUAAGAACAGUCUAAAGGAAGUAGUUGCUGAGUCACUUAGCAACACCAGCAUCAAAGACUUCUGUUCUGGCACAUCCUCAUCAGUUAGCGGGAAACAUGUAUUGAUCAUGGAUGAAGUGGAUGGUAUGGCAGGCAAUGAAGACAGAGGAGGGAUUCAGGAGCUGAUUGGUUUGAUUCGCCACACGAAGAUUCCCAUCAUUUGUAUGUGCAACGAUCGCAACCAUCCCAAAAUGCGUUCCCUGGUGCACUACUGCUUGGAUCUUCGUUUCCAGAGACCUCGGCUAGAACAGAUCAAGGGUGCCAUGAUGUCUAUUGCAUUUAAAGAAGGUUUAAAAAUUCCCCCACCUGCUAUGCAAGAGAUAAUCCUGGCAGCAAAUCAGGACAUCAGACAGGUUUUACAUAAUCUUAAUAUGUGGUGUGCAAAGGAUAAAUCUUUGACUUACGAUGAGGCUAAAACAGAUGCUGGCAGAGCCAAAAAGGAUAUCAAACUGGGCCCAUUUGAUGUUGUCCGGAAGGUCUUUGCCACUGGAGAGGAGACGUCUCGUAUGUCUCUUAUAGACAAAUCAGAUCUUUUCUUCCAUGACUAUUCCCUAGCACCUCUCUUUGUCCAAGAGAACUAUGUGCACGUGAAACCAGCUGCUGCUGGAGGAAAUAUGAAAAAGCACUUGGUGCUCCUGAGCAGAGCAGCUGAUAGCAUAUGUGAUGGUGAUAUAGUGGACAAACAGAUUCGUAGCAAGCAGAACUGGAAUCUUCUUCCAACACAGGCUAUUUAUGCAAGCGUUCUCCCAGGGGAGCUAAUGAGAGGCUACAUGUCCCAGUUUCCUGUCUUUCCCAGCUGGCUGGGGAAAUUUUCAUCCACAGGCAAACACGAUCGGAUCGUUCAAGAACUGGCAAUGCACAUGAGUCUCAGAACCCAGGCAUGCAAGAGAACAGUGAAUAUGGAGUAUUUGCCAUAUUUACGGGAUGCACUCGUUCAGCCCUUGAAAGACUUUGGAGCAGAUGGUGUACAACAAGCCAUAACAUUUAUGGACUCCUACUGCUUGAUGAAAGAAGAUGUUGAAAAUAUCAUGGAAAUAGGCACAUGGGGAGGAAAACCCAGUCCUUUUUCAAAGCUGGAUCCCAAGGUCAAAGCAGCUUUCACACGGGCCUACAACAAAGAGGCACAUCUGAUUCCAUAUUCACUUAAUUCUGCCAAGGCAUCUAAAAGGCAGUUGAGCUCUGGCACCACCUCAGAACUGAGUGAAGAUUUGAAUGCGCAAGAGAUCCAGUCUGAUGAGGAAGAGGAAGAUACUGUUGAAAGUGAUGCAAUGAUUAAGCAAAAAAAGGUGAAGUCUUCCAAGCUGCCAAAAAGAGAGAAAAAUGAAGAAGCAACAAAAAAAGAAGGGAAAAGAAAAGAGAAAACAAGACAUUAAACAGAGUUAAAAUCUUGCUUUGGAUGCAGCUUUGCCUAUCUGACUUCUGGCAGGAACAUGAAACAGAUCCAGUGCUGCAGCCAGGAAAGUAGAACCAGUGUGUUGAAAAGGCUCCUCUUAUAGAGGUGCUGUAGCCACUGUACUCUCACCUGCUGCACCUACCCUUAACAUGGUACAUGUUACAAGCUAUAAAUACCCUUGUGCAACAAACCAGGUGCGUGAACAUGCUGAAAAUGUGAUGCUUAGUUCCCCUGGUAUUUCUGCUGAGUCUUCCUAGGACUUCACUAAUUCCUUUUUGGUUUUUUAUAAAUCCCCCUGACAUUGUGGUGAAGUCUUGUAAAUAGUACCUGAUGCAACACUCUUCAAGCAUAAAUUGCCUAUUUGUACAUUAUAGAUAUUAAGCAGUAUAUAAAAGUACAAUAAAAUGUUUCCCAGGACUCUCUUUAAAA